AUGUUUAAUAAUAUUUUAAAAUCAUUUCCAAAAGUAUUCAAUCAAUCUAAAGCUACCAAUCUAAAUAUUUUCUGUCAACAUCAAUUAACGAGACCGCCAACAUCAUACUCUCAAACCAAUCCCAAUCCAUUUUUCAUUGCUAGUUUCUUGUUUUUAAAUAAUAGGUCUGACAAUCUUUUAUUUCAAACUAGAUCUGGUGGUGGCGGUGCAGGGGGUGGAACCUCUGUAAAUAAUAAAUAUUCAUCACCCUACCCAAAGGUCAAUAACUUUAAUUCCCAACUACAACAUAAUACCAUUUCAUCUUCUUCAAGGGCAUUCAAUUCAUACAAUAUUGGUGAAAAUAUUAUCAACACCAACAACAACACAAAAAAUAAUAAUAAUAAUAAUAAUAGUAUUAAUUUAUUAAAUAGUUCAUCUAUUUUUCCAAACAAUCAUGUUCUGUUUGAAACACCAAUAGGUACCAUUAUUGGUAAUAAUCCCAAUAAUCUUUUAUCAAAUGGACAACCUGUCAAAUUCAAAAUGAAUGGAAACAACAAAAGAAAAAUCAAUGGACAUCAUCGUCUUGGAAACCAGUACUAUAACAAUGGAAAUCUACAUAAUGGAUAUCAUUAUCAUCCAAACUACAUUGAAACUAAAUUUAUAUUACCAACAAAGAUUGGUGAAGAAGCUCAAAAUUGUGUUAGAUUUGAAACUCAUAGAAGUGAUGUACAGUAUAUCAAACAAAAAAACAAUCAAACUAUACCAAUAUUUUAUUUAAUUGAAUUGAUUGAAGGAAUUUUACCAAAAGAAAUAUUAAAUGGAUCAAAGAUUUUAGUUAAAAAAUCAGAAACUGAUACACCAAGUAUAAUUUUAGUAAACUUUAUGACUGCUAUUAAAGCAUACCAAGCUAGUCAGUUUAUGUGUCAAUGGAAUGAGAGGAAUUCAAGCAAGAAUAAGAUUAGAACCAAUUUGAUCAAGAAAUCAUUGGAUCCACUCUACCUCAUCACAGCACAAGAAAUUGACCAAUUGCCAGAGGUACCAGCACCAAGACAAGUUGAAAUUAUCGACUCUGUUAUGAGUACCAAUCAACCUAUUUUCGAUAUACUCUUUAAUGGUCAACAUCCAAACAAACUUGAUUCAAUCGAUACUUUAACAGUAUUGGGAAUUGAUAUUGAAUGGUGUCACAAAAGUAUAAAUGUUGAAGAACCCAAUUUCUUUGCUGUCAUUUUAUCUGGUCCUAAAGGAAGUGUAGUUUUUAAUUUAGAUUCCCUUAAAACCAUUCCAUUAAUUCUUUACCAGAUAUUAACAUCACCUAGAAUAUUAAAAGUAGGAUUUAGAAACAAACAUGAUUUCUCCAAAUUUGAAACACAAUACAAUUUGGAUAUCAAUAAUCUAGAGGAUCUUUCCAAGGCAUCCGUUGUCAUGCGUAGCAAACCCAAAUCAUUGAGGGCUGUAGCAGGCAUGUUUUUAAAGCAAAAGCUCCCUAGAAUCGAUUUAAAUAGAUAUAUGCAACCAUCAACCUUUUUUACUGAUAAAAAGGUUGAACAUUAUGUAUAUACUAUCUAUACAUCAUCAAAAAGAGAGAAAAGGUUAACACAAGGACAAAACGAAAAGACCAACCAACCACUCUUAACAAGCAAGAUUCAUUCAUUCAUUGGGCCAAAAGGAAAAUACAGAGAUGACAAAGAGAUCAAUCUAUCCGUUCCAUUAACCACACUGAUAUUGACCUACUUGACUGUCUUCAUCAAUGAUUGUUUGAAACAUCGACGAUGGGGAUGGAUGGAUAGAUGGGAUUGUCUAGAAUAUAAUAAUAAUUAG